AUGAACGGCGUCGACAAGAACCAUGCGCUUCCGGCUGGCGGCCUGGGACACGCCUACACCGAACAGGUCAUCAAGUCGAUCGGGCCCAAGACAGACGCCAGAUUGAAGAAAGUCAUGACCUCUCUCAUUCGCCAUGUCCAUGAUUUCGCCAGAGAGGUUGACUUGACCUUCGAUGAAUGGAUGGCUGGUGUCGAGAUGAUCAACUGGGCCGGGCAGAUGAGCACGAACAAACGCAACGAGGGACAAUUGCUGUGCGAUGUCAUUGGAAUAGAGUCCCUGGUCGACGACAUUACGUACCGCAAGGCUGCGGAGGCAACCGACUCGGCCACAGCAUCAGCUGUUCUGGGUCCGUUCUGGCGACACGACACUCCCUUGCGUGACUUUGGUAGCUCCAUCACAUUCAACACGCCUUCUGAUGGUCAAGUUGCCUAUAUUCAUGGGACCGUCACAGACGCAAAGACCAAGGAGCCACUAGCCAAUGCCUUGGUCGAUGUGUGGCUGGCUUCUACGAAUGGACUAUAUGAGCAGCAAGAUGACGAUCAAGUUGAACACAACCUCAGGGGCAAGUUCCUGACUAAUGAGAAAGGGGAGUACGUUUUCUACAGUCUUCGUCCAACCCCAUAUCCUGUGCCUUCGGAUGGACCAGGAGGAAAGUUGAUACAGCUUCUUGAUCGACCUCUUUACCGUCCUGCACACAUUCACUAUAUUGUCACCGCCGACGGCUACAAACCAAUCACCACACAGGUCUUUGACUCGGAGUCCAAGUACUUGGAAAAUGAUGCGGUCUUUGCGGUGAAGGAUGAAUUGGUCGUCAAAUUCGUGCCCAGGAAGGGAGACCCUCAAGCCGAGUUGGAGCUAGAAUACAACAUUUCUCUGGCUAAAGAGGGCGAACAGGGCGUGUCUGACAAGCCGCUUGCUCAUCCAGGAUAUUGA